AUGUCCGCGACGCGUCAUCGCGAGCCAUUAGACGAAGCAUGUCGUCUACUCGAGGCGUCCGCGAUCGUCCCCACGAUCGCGUCCGCCCUGGAGGAGGUCACGAAGGAACUCGAGAUACGAACCGACACUUUUGCAGCUGAACAACUUUCAGUCGACCGACUCCUCGACGUCGCUCGACGCGUGACGUCGCGCACAGUGGACCACGCGAGCGCUAAGGUUCGCCGUCUCGCGUUCGAGUUUGUGAGACGCGCGAACGAGAUGUUCGAACGAGUGGAAUCGACGUCGGUCAACUCGACGGACGCGCGAGACGUUGACUGGGCGCUCGGGCUCUGUGAGCGACGCGCGAGGAUUGAAAAAGACGAAACGACGCGUAAAGCGGUGUGCACGGCUCUGUGCACGACAUCGAAACGCGUGCGAACGAUCACGGAGCUCAAGACGGCGCUGAUGGCGUUAGAGCCGUUCGCGAGAGAUGAAGAGGCGGGAAACGCGAUCACGGCGUUGGAAACGUGCCGGGCGAUGCUCACGCGCGACGUCGCGAGGCACCUCGUUCGGAAUGAAGAUGUGUUGAGGCCGUGCGAAGAGAUGUUUUGGACCAUACGAUCGACGUGCGCGAGACAUCGACGAGGGAUCGUGCGCUCGGCGGCGGUGCGGGCGUGCGGGGGAUUGGCGACGGCGCUGGUCAUCGGCGGACAUCGAUCGCUCGUGCCCGAGGCGUACGCGAACGACAUGCUUCGAUCGAGCUUGGACGUCAAGCCCGACGUCGUGCGCGCGGUGUGUGAGAGUAUCUCUGAAUCGUUCAUCGCCCGAAUAGAGGACGGGACGUACACGGUGCGAGAAGAGGAUGGGGCAUCACUGUGUGCGUUGCUUGUUGGCGCUUCGAUUGAUGAUGAUUUACUGAGCUUUUUGAAAGUCGUCAACGACGCGCACGCGACGAAGAUGAUGGGUGAGGGGUGUCGAACGGUGGUGUGUUACACCUUAAAAGAUGUUUUCGUAUGCUUGACCAGAAAUCCGACGUUUCGAGAAGACAAGCGCGCGUUCGAGAUCUCUCUGCGCGCAAUAGCGUUGGCGAUUGAACACGUCGGCGCUUUGUGCGCGGAGUUCACGCGAGACAUCGUGGACGCCAUGGCAAGCGGGCCCGCGAACGCAAAGGUCGUGGAUAUUCAUCGUAUUGUCGAAAGUUUGCUCACGUACGCCCCGGAGUCGCGCUAUACGUGGAUCGAGCCGACGAUGACGGGCGUGGAAUCGACGAGCCGAGGUGAGUCGUACCUUGAAAUUGCCGAGGCGUUCGUCUCGGCAGAACUUGACCGACCAGAUCGAUCGAUGGAUCCCUCCUUGGCGGCACACAUCGCUGACGCGCUGUUAAAAUGUGGUGACCUCACUCUGAGUGCAAGCUGCGCCGAGAUCGUCGCCGCGCUGUUGGAGCUGACGAGAAACCGUUUCGACGACGUAUCGCGGCGAUGUCGAGCGCGCCUCAAGGCGAUCGAAAUAUUGAACGAUGAAUCAAGUCGAAAUCUCGACGAAGAUUCCGCCGAUGAAGCGUCUUAUUUCAUCGACAAUACAGAGACCGAUCAAUCGCUCACGCACGUGGAGUCGCAUUUCGAAGAGAGUAUCAACGCGUACGGCGACGCGAGCGAGUGGCGCAGGUACGAGCGGGCUUUGAUCAGAUUUUACGUGCGCGUUCGCGGCGAUUGCCUCAGCGAGCGAAUUCUGCGUGCGUUCGAAGAACGAAUCGAUCCAGCCAAUUUUGAUGGAUCUGUACACGCGUGCUUGGCGGUGAAGUGUCACGUGCGCGCGUUCGCGGCGUACAUUGGCGUGGACGGACGAUUCAGACGCGGCCAGAAUUCUUUGCAGAGUUCUUUGCUCGCCCCUGUGUUGGAUAAUCUCCUCUCGUGGCUCCGUUGGAGACCCGGUGCCGCGGUGGCGGAGAUUCGAGGGAUGGUCGUGUCGUGCCUCUCGCGAGUCGCGAGUACGUCUCGUGACGCGAAGGACGGCGAUAUACUCAUUCAAUGGCUCUCGCACGCAUCGCGCGUCAGCGACGCGAUGAAGAUUUUUUGUACGCUGUCCCUUCACAGCGACGAGAUAGCGCGCGCGAUGGGCGUGUUGCGGCGAGCCGUGUACGCGGCGGAUCCAGAUAACGCGCGAGCGCAUGUCGAUCAAUUCGCGAGGAAGUAUAUGGACGAUCUCUCAACGUCGACGUUUGAGCAUGAGCGCGAGCGCGCGUGCGAAGCGCUGCGCGAGACGUUGGAACACAUGGGUACGUCCACCGAAGCGGCCGCGCAUCUGCGGGAACUGUUCCCAUUCGCAGACGACGCGAAUGACGUGAUUCGCAGAACGGUGCGCGCGACGCUCGAGCGCGCGAAGACGCAACAUUCAACACUCAUCGAGGACUUUGCGUCGUCGCCGACGGCGAAAUCCUUUGUGCACACGGACGGCCUCGCCGGCCUCCGCGCCGUUUCCGCGGAAGACGGUUGGUGA